AACCCUCCAAGCAGACACAAUGGUAAGAAUGGUGUCUGUCCUGCUGUCUCUGCUGCUGCUUCUGGGUCCUGCUGUCCCCCAGGAGACCCAAGAUGGUCAUUACUCUCUGACCUAUCUCUACACUGGGCUGUCCAGGCCUGGCAAAGGCACCCACAGGCUGCUGCAGGGCACUGUCUUCCUCAAUGACCGUGCCUUCUUCCACUACAACAGUGAAGACAGGAAGGCUGAGCCCCUGGGACCAUGGAGACACGUGGAAGGAGUAGAGGACUGGGAGAAGCAGAGCCAAGUUCAGAGGGCCAGGGAGGACAUCUUUAUAGAGACCCUGAACAACAUCAUGGAGUAUUACAACGACAGUAACGGUCAGUGAACAACAGACUGCGGGGGUGGAAGGUCUAACCCAAGAGGCAGCCCCCAAGUGUGAGUGGCAAGGGGUCAGCAGGAUGGAAAUAGUCCCAAUCCCAGGGGAGGAACAGGAGACACAGCAGAAACACAGACAUGUCCGCAUCCCACCCACCCCACGGCACAGUGCCGUCCCCUUCCCCAUCGAUUGCCCCAUCCUCAUCCCAGGCCUCAGCUCACACAGGAAGUGAUGGCAGAGUCACUUCCUAUCCAGGCACCUCUGACCUCUCACCUCCACACCCACCCAUCGGAGGCUGAUUCUCCGGUGAGAAGGCAUCAGACUCACCCCUGUCCAGGGAGGGUGCCUGGAGAGUGAGCCACUCUCAAAGUCACUCAGACCUGGGCUCACCUGGUGGCUCUGCCAGUCCUACCUGUUGACAGUGAAACGUUCCCAAAAUAUCUGGCCGAAAUCUGCAAACAUUGGAGCACUGAGACCUACCUCCAAACAAGUUUGUAAUAUUUAACUAUGUCUGUUCUAUGAAGGAUGUCACAGUCUGUCUUCAUCUCCCUUUCAGCUCCAUCGUGUAGGACAGGGUGCAGCCAAUAUUGGCUCAAUUGAAAUUUGUGGAAUCAACAGAGAAAAGCACCUGCCACACACCAUAGCCCAUGCUGGGGGCUCAGGAAGUGCUGGAUUCAAAACCACGGGCUGUUAGAGUUCCCUGCAGCCCUAAAGUUCCUCCUCACCAUAAGAUGCAGACCCAGGAAGGGCCACCUGCACUGUGGUCAGAGGAGCUGGUGGCAGAGCCCGGGCAGAGACGGUCCCUGUGCCCCCGGCCCAGCACUCUUUCUCCUAAACCACACUGCCGGCCCCAAGGCAGCCAACCCCAGGUCUGGUGAACUGCUGGUGUUAAAUUAUCAUGGAGUGGGUGUCAAAAGAUGGGUUUCUAAGUACAAAACUGCCCAAGCUGCUACAUGGGAUCUGAAGGUUUCCAAAAGGAGGCAAGAGACAAGCAGACGUUUGAAGGAUGAGGGAUGGGAGGUCUUGGUAAGGAAAAUGGCCCGGGCUGUGUGUCAGCAAUUGGAGAGGAGGGGGCACAGGUGAUCAGGAAAGGCACUGGGAGAAGCUUUGAUGGACAGGAAUAGAAAUGGCAAAGUGGAUAAUUACAAGGAAGGAGGAUGAAGAGAUGAACACAGGGUAUUAGGAAAUAAGAGUAGCUGACAUUUACUGAGCACUUACUUUGUGCCAGGCCCAUCUAUGAGCAUAUAUAAUGCUCCAGAAUAGUCCCCUGAAACCGUGCUGUUGGCAUUGCUGUUUCAGAGCUGAGGAAAUAGAGGCCCAGGGAGGUGACUGGCUCCCGUUCACGCAACACACCAGGUGGGGGUGGGGAGAAACCUGGGACGUGAGCCCAGACAGCUUGAGAGCUGUCAGUGUCUAUGCCAACAGCACCAACCAGUGCUGAGUAAACACCUGCUUUUAUCAUCAGAACAAAGAGGCUGUGUCCCCUGCCCUAUGAGGUCCAUU